AUGCUGCUCCCAAAGCAAUUCGCAUGUGGUCUGAGACCUGCCAUGGGAGGCAUCAUACUCCUGACCUUACUCGUGUCCGUCGCGUACUAUCUGUACAACACGUCCUGGCAGGCGGUCGUCUCUCUGCGAACGGGCUCGUCGUCGUCGUCGUGGUGGCCGCACAGGCUCACGUCGCUGGGCGAGCCGCACGACAGCACGCCGGGGAGGAAACCCCCCGGAAUCGGCGUCAGCGGGCUGGUGUUUUACGGCCGCAGAGACAGGGCGGCGUGCCUGCGAUGUUACUUGGACCGAAACCUGGUGGACAACGGCGGCUGGCUGGAGGAGGUGCUCUUCCUGGUCAACACGGACGACGAAAAGGACUUGGAAUACCUGGAGGAAAUCAUCGCGAGCAACCCGCAGCGCUAUAAGAAGCUAAUAGUCCCCGGCGAGAAGCUGUGGAUCUAUUCCCUCUACAAGGCAUGGCAGCGUCUAGAGCGCGGUAGGUACUACGUCAAGGUCGACGAUGAUAUCGUAUGGAUCGCGGACGAUGCGAUUCCUCGUAUCGUCAGUCGCAAGAUGCAACAUCCCCACGAUUUCGCCGUUUCGGCCAACAUCAUCAACAACCCGCCGCUCGGGUUCAUGCAUCACCACCUCGGGGCGCUCCAUCCGUACUUUCCCGACAUCAAGGCGCCCAAGGAUGACGAGAACAACAACAAGAACAGCGACAGCAACAGCGGCAACAAAAAAACCAGCGGCGACGCCAAUCUCGCUUCGUGGCGGCCGUCGCGAGACCCCCCCUGGGACGGCCCAUCCGACUACACCUGGCCGCUCGACAGGGCCCCGCCGCACAAGAACCACCGGUGGCUGCGCGUGCGCAACGAGACCAUGAUGGGGCAGACGCCCGCGGCCUCGCUCACGUACGAGGUCUGGGGCCCGAGCUACGAGAGCUGGGCCAUCGCGGCGCAGAUGCACUACUCGCUGCUGGAGAACAUGGAGGGGGGCGACGACGGCCUGGACGCGUACAAGUUCCACCCGCCGUGGGACAUGGGCGGCGAGCGCAUCCGCAUCAACCUGAUUUGCGUCUACGGCGACGACAUCCUCGACACGAACCCGGCCAACUGGACGGAGGGCAGGAGCGACGAGGACAUGCUUGCCAUUGACCUGCCCAAGAGGCUACGCCGCCCCGUCAUCGUCGUGGGGGAAGCCCUGGCUGCUCAUUACCAGUACGGCGACCAGCGCAACUUGUCGGACACGGAUGUCCUGGCGCGAUACCAAAGCCUUGCGAAGGAUCGGGCCUGCCUGUCAAAAUGA